AUGCUUGGCUCCUCUUCUUCACAUCGUGGAAUGACGUUCUUGGCUUACGACCUGCAUCGAAGAGUUCCAGCGGAUCGAUGGUGCGUCACGUAUCGAGACUUGGCUUUCCUGUGCCAAGAGGUCUGCUCUGCCCUUCGCUGUGGCCAGAUUCGGCCCGGGCCGGAGGAUGAUGCGUCAGAGGUGUAUGGGCCCAGCAUCUACACAGUGAAUGAGCAGUAUAUCAAGCCAGUGACGCAACAGGCGGGUAAGAUGAGUUGGGCAUUGAUGCGACAUCCAGAUGGCUUGGACUGCGAGCUGUUCAUCAGCCAUGCUUGGCAAGAAGGUGUCUUCGAGUUUCUAGCCAAAGUGAGGCACAGUUGGCCAAGGGGUGUGCAAACUGCUUGGUGCUGCAUGCUGGCUAACCCUCAGAACUUAGACAUCUCAUCCUUUUUGCAGUCACCCAAGACUUCGCCCUUUGCAGUUGCAUUGGAGGCUUCCAAAGUGAUGCUGGUGGUACCGAACCGACACCAGAGUGUUUACACAAGGCUCUGGUGUUCUUAUGAAGCUUAUCUUGCUCAAGAAGAUGGCAAGACGAUUCUCAUUGCGAAUUCCUCCAACUUUUCUCAGAUAUUGAGUGCUUUGGUGUGGCUGGUUUUAGCUGCUAUCUUUGGCAUGGCUCUUGGGAUUUUGGCCACGUUUCUGGAGGCCGGUGAGAGCUUCACAGUUCCGGCGCUCGCGAUCCUGGUUUGUGGCUUUAGCCUCGUGAUCUACAACAACCUGCUACGCGAGUAUGCUGAGAAUUACUAUAGGGGUGAAGGUGUUCCUCACAAAGUUCUUCGCCUAGUGCGGCGCUGCUAUUGGCUGCUGACUUCGGUAGCUUUCUGCGUCUUCGAGGUGGAUCGGAUCAAUGGAAGAUCCACGGUCUCCGAAGCAGAAGAGCUUCGACAGGGGUAUGAAGGGUCCAUUCUGCAUGCCACAUGUUCAGAAGCAGCAGAUGCUUUAGCAUUCGCAGAGAAAUCGGAGACAAGGUGGAUGAAGUGGACCAUGCUAUUCUUGUCCUGA